AAUUGUCUUUUCUCAAGAACAUCUCUUGCUUUUCGCCUUUUCAUCUUUUUGGAUGCUGGUGUUUGUGCUUCCUCUUCCAUUAGCAGACUUCAUGAAGAGACGGAGUGUCAAAUUUAAAGUUGGUACUAGCGUCAAUUUUGGGACGGGAGGAAGAGAGAGGUAUUAUUCAUAUUAUCCACCAAGAGGGUGAAGGUCUUCAAAUUCAAUUGAAUUAUUUUCAAUUUCAAUUUCAAUUUCAAUUUCAACUUCAACCUCAACCUCAAAUUCUCUUCCCUUCUCCUCUCUUCUUUCUCUUCCUUAUCUUCCUUCUGCAAGUUGUUCCUAUUGCCAAGGAGAAGUUUUCUUUUGAAAACCUCUUCCUGUCAAAUAUAUCAAUCAACCUUUUCCCAGCAAACCUCGUCUGGUCACAAACAUUCUUUAACAAUCACCACCAUACUGAAGUCAUUAAUACCUACCUACUCAAGGGAAAGAUGGCUCCUUUAAUUCCUCGUGGGAUUGUUUCGCCUUCAAAUGCUGAACUUCUUCACAAUACCAUUGGCUUUGUCAUUCCUUCUUUUGUCUUGUUUGGUUUCCGAAUGUAAGUAAAUAUCCACAUAUACUUUUGAAAUCUCCUUACAAUCAAGUAUUCCUUAUGUGAUGACCCAACUGACGCGUAAUUUCACUAUAGUCUCAAUGCCACCUGGGUCAUGGCGAAGAUGAGAUUUGAAGAUUGGCUUAUGAGUCUCACGAUGGUAAGUAUUAUGAUCAUUCCUAUGUCGAGCUUCUGCUACAGUCCAUCUCUAACAAAUCCCAAGUGCUUCUAUACCGUUCUCUUGGUCUUGAUUAAUGUUUCCGCUCGUUAUGAAACCAAUUUGUUCCCUCCAGAGCAGUUAUCUGCAAUUUUAGCUGAUCCUGAAGAUGUCGCUUCACGCGUUCAGGGCUCAAUCAUUGUCAUCCCACUUGAACAAUGUAUGCUUGCUUCUACCUGGUGUGUCAAGGUUUGCAUUUGGCUAUUUUUGUGGCGUCUUUGGUAAGUUUACAACCUGUUCCAUCUCAUAUCCACCCUCGAAGCUAACUUCGCUCAAGCCGAAAUCUUCCACAUUUACAAAUGGCACUCAAGAUUCUCAUGGGAUAUAUUAUUGUUGGUUACGUUGUAAUUAUGUUUGUCUACUACGUCGGUGUCUGCCGUCCAUUCCAACAAUAUUGGGCAGUUCCAGUUCAAGAUGAACAAUGUGCGACUUAUCAGCAUUACUCUAUCGUUCAAAUGGUCUUCAACAUCAGUUCUGAUCUCGGUUUGAUCCUUAUCCCUCUUUGGAUGUUCUAUAUUGCACGUCUACCACCCAAGCGCAAAGCUGUCUUAAUGGCUGUUUUCUCCCUCGCUUUGUUUACUAUCCUUGCUGCUAUCUUAAACAAGUAAGUUGUUCUAAUUCAGCUUCAACUUUUGAUCGAUAACUAAUGAUUUCUUAGAUACUACAAUUUCACCAGCCCUAUGACAACAACUUAUCAACUUUGGUACAUUCGUGAAUCUUCAGUGGCUAUCUGGGUGGGUAAUAUUAUCUGCUGCUGGCAGAUUGUACAAAAGAUCUUCAAAGCUCGCUCUUUCGAUAACCAAAAACAAGAGAUUGAAAUGCACCCGGAAAUGGUCGCUCGUCUACAAAAUCCCUCAAAUUAUACGGAAAAUGGAAGCCCAAAACCAAAGGAUUGGAUGGAUCAACUCGUUGCUCGUCGAAAGGCCAUGGGAGAAUUCCUCUCUGUUGCUACCCGUUCCCGUUUCACCAACCGUGGCACUGGUCGUUCUGGUCGUUCUGGUCGUUCUGGUGAACCCUUAAACUCGUUCAGUGAUCAAACACGUCUUGCCAAUUCUCGUGGUGAUCCAAUGUAAGUCCCCACAUUAUUCACUCCCUUUACACAAUAACCACUACCUCAAUCAAUACUAAUCUCAUAUUUCCAGCUCUAUGAUGACAAUGGAAAAAGGUGACGAUGAAGCUAUUUCCCCAACUCUAGCCUACAGAGAAAACGAAAAGAUUGCCUAGACAAUCCUCCUCUAUCUAACUAAUGUCCUAUAUACCGACUUGAUAUUUCGAACUGCUCUAUCGGUCUGUCUGUCUGUCUGUCUACAAGAACCGACCACCUGGCUUUGCUUGGUAUACCUCCUCCUCCAAGAUAUUUUUCACGAAUUUACGAGAUUUCACAAUGAGAUAAAGAUGUUAUGAUAUGAUUGAUAC